GAACAAACGUCAUUCACGAGUUGCAUCCAGCACUUUGCCUUCGAAUGAAUUUCUGUUGUACCCCAGUCUUGACAUCCUGCGCACAGGCGCUCUAGGCUUCAUACCCCUAUUUUGCUAGCUUCGUGCUAACUUCAAGUUCUUCCCCGUGUGCCUACUCGGCCGUCUUCAUACCUCUCCGGAAUGUCAUCAGAUAAAGGAAAACGUGAAAUGCCAAACUCUGGCUCAGAGAACAGAAUGGCAGAUGGCCAAGCCCAGCGAGGAAAACCCAGAUUGAAAGCCCGAACAAGAAGCGGCUGUAUUACUUGCAGGAUUCGUCGGGUGAAGUGCGACGAGGCACGACCCAGCUGCAAUAGGUGUGCACAGUCCAAGCGCCAGUGUGAUGGAUAUCUCACCUUGGCCUCUCAACAAGGAAGCUCGUCAGACGAUGCGAAGGCGAGCACAACGUCAAAGUAUCCCGGGAAUACAGUCUCCCGUCGGGCGCUCGCCGUCGCUCUGCGGCAGCUGAAUGUGGUUGGGCCAGCGUCACGCGUCCUCGCAGCCGGUGCUAUGGUACCAGGAGAUGCCGUGUCCUGCUUCGACUUCUUCCGCUUCCGUGUGAGGGCCACCACCCCGACAGCGGAUCGCGACGCUUUGGGUGACACCCCCGGAUUUUGGGACCGUACCCUUCUGCAGACUGCUCAUGUAGAGCCUGCAGUGUGGCACGCGGUAGCAGCUCUGGGUGCGCUGCAGCGGAAGUGGGAGUUUGUGUCUCGACUUUCUCAUGUCCCCCUGUCCAAUUCUGAAUCCCGAUGCAACGGCAACGGCAAUUCCAGCAACAGAGACGCAAUAUAUUCCCAGGUGGCCCAAGACACAACAGAAGAACUGGAACACAGCUCCGUGCAACUGGCUGGUCAGGCUAGCACAAACUAUGUCGAAGCUUUGAAGCUGGCCAGGACUACAGCCGACGUCAAGACAAUACUGGUCUUGAGUAUUGCCUUGGCCGCAGCUUCCAACCUCACAGGCAAGUGGUCCGACAGUAAAGUCCACAUUGGCGCAGCUAUCAAGCUCAUCGGUCAACUGGCCGAUGAGGCCAAGGGAACACCCAUAUCGGAAAUGGACAUCAACGACGCGGCUGAUAGUCUGGCGAGGCUGGAUAUGCAGUGGCUCACAUUUCAGGACGCCCAGGCUCCUUAUCCAUACAGGGAGAGUCAGCUGAUGGCACACGCCCUGAGGAGGGCCCCGGAGAUCAAGAGCCUUACACACGCCCAAGACCUGCUGAUGGGUAUCCUGAGAAAGCUUUGGGUGGGAGCGGGCCUAGAAAACAUCGAGAAACAAGGCUUAGAAGAUAUCAAGCAUGGAGACGCCGACAUCCUAACAGAACUAGCACAGUGGGAGCACAAAACACUCCGGUUUCUGAGUCAUUCACUGCCGCUCGCAAGGCCGGCAAGCUCAGGUCUACUGUUCCUGAAGAUCUGCCACGCAACAGCCCGUCUUGUCAUCUUCGCUGGAAUCACGCAUUCUGAUUACAACGAAAUGUCUUGGGACGGCUACCUCGCUCAUUUCGAACGCAUAGUAGCACUAAGUGCGCUGUUCAUCCAAGCUGAAGUCAACAAAAACCCACUGCUUCCCUCAGAAGUGUCCCUGGAUGGCCCAGGGAUCAUCAUGUCAUUAUGGUUAGUUGCUUUCCGCUGCCGCCAUCCCAUGGUGCGACGACGUGCCGUCGGGCUCCUUCGGGUCUCGAGAAGGCAGGAGGGCAUGUGGAUGAGUACGAGCGCGGCAGUGGUGGCUCAAAAGCUCGUCGAGAUCGAGGAGGGUGGCUGCCCAGGGUGGCGAGGGACAAUGGGAUCUUCAGGCUCGGCGUUGGUGCCUGCAUUCUGCACGCUGGAACCAAUCACAGCCUUUGAGCAAGAUUUGACAAAGCAGUUCGAGGCUGAGGACCUGGAUCCUCAUUUGUGGCUAUCGGGUGAGGGGCUUUGGGUCGCCAGGACGGAGUGGGAUUUGCCUGGAGAGCAACUGAUUCCUUUGGAGAGGCGUAUCACAGAAGUAUCUACUUUUGCCGAACCAUACGACCCGAGGAGAGGGAAAUCCAAGGCCGACAUCACUUUGUUCUUUGCAGGCUUGGGCUCGAAAGGAGACACGAGGAGAGAAAUCGUUUCGGUUAACUUUUGAUGCAUUUGAUGAUAACUCACAUACUUCAUCCCAUCAUUCUAUGAGGACCCAC